AUGCAAGGUCAAAAUGUGGUUCAGCUGCAGCUGCCUUCGGGCACUAGGAGAUUUAGCUUCACCUUUGAGAGCGACGAACCUGGGCCUGUAACACUUGAGGUAUCCAUCAGGCCUUCGCUCAAAUGGCCAGUGCUAGCACUACUACCCGCACCUGACAAUAGUGAGAUGGAGCCUGAGUCUGAACUUGAAGAUACUACCAAAGUGCAACUGGUCUUUAAUACUUGCAUCAAGCCUAUGGGUGCAACAGGAGUCAGUUUGAAGGAUUUGAAGGAUAACAUUUACCGGAAUCAAAUUAUUAUCGUGAACUACUACAUGUCUUCGAGUUGCCUCAAGAAACUCCCAUUAUCACCGGAUGUCACAUUCCAGGAUCCUCAUCGCAUUUCUGAAUCUCCUGUUGAACAGGAGAUGCUAGACUAUGAUUUUCUUACUGGAGAAGACCUGGAUCUCAUGACCCAUGGUACUGAUCUGCCUAAUCUUGGUCUGAACUUCCAUAGCCCCAAGGCGCUACACAAUGCUGUUGAUCACUUCAGUGCAUAUAAUGCAGCUACAAGUUCAGGCUCAUGGCCCUUCACCUCAUAUGAAGCCCAUCACCUUCCACCUGAUCCAGAACAGCAUGCAUUAGAUCAACAGAUUGAAAAGGCUGUUGAGGAGCUACAUCGUGAAGAGAAUCAGCUUCUGCAAGAAGCUGAGGAUAAUCUAGAUCAUCUCAACAUUGAUGUUGAUGCACAUUUUGAUGAUCCAGACGAGGAAGAAGAUAUGGAGACAGCAACCACCAAUGAUAUUGAUGAGGAUGACCCUGAUCCAUUCAUAUCUAAUGAAGGCUUUAGCACGACAAAUGAUCAGAACCUCGCUGAUGUUCCCCCACACUUACUCAAUAUCUAUGUGGUUGUCUCUUGGCUGCACCUCCAAUUCCACCUCCCUCAUGUGGCUUGCAAUGCAUUAUUAACAAUAUUUGCUUGCAUCCUCAUUGCUCUUGCACCAACUAUCAAUGUCCCUUUUGUAACACUGCAGUCCAGUAAUCAUGUCCUUGGUGUCGACACUACCAUUUUCACACUCCCUGUUUGCCCUACAUGCUGUGAUAUCAAAUCUCUUCUCAAAAUUCCUGGUCUUGAGGCUGUGCUUGAUGGUUGGCGCAGUAAACCUCGCACGAUUGGUAAAUAUACUGAUAUCUUUGAUGGUGACACAUGUCGCACAAAACUCAAGGGUCCUGAUGGUAAACUCUUCUUUUCGAAUCUCCCUCACGAGCAACAUGGCCCAGAUGGUGAACUACACAUUAGAGUGAACCUUGGAGCUGAUUGGUUCUCAUAUAUCAGAAGUAAUAUUACACCAUCACACUCAUCAGCUCCCACAUUGUUCUCAAUAUGUAAUCUACUACCUGAAUAUCAUAUCCUCCCUGGGCCGAAGAAGCAGAAUCCCGACCAGAUCCAACAGUUCUUACAGCCCAUCAUAUCAGAUUUACUACGUCUAUGGAGAGUUGGAAUCAAAAUUCCAACCAAAUCUUGUCCACAAGUUGUUUGUGAUAAACCAGCUGCACACAAGCUGGGUGGAUUGGCAUCUCACUCCCACACUAAUUUCUGUACUAUAAACUACAGGCAUUUCAAUAAGGAGCUUUUUGGCCACAAACAAAUGAAGAACAACAGGAACUUGAACUUUGUGAAGGAACAUGCUACUCGAUACACACAGCUAUCACGUCUACCAUACUUCAACCUUGUCGAACAGAUUGUCAUUGACCAAAUGCACAAUCUUUACCUUGGCCUUGUUAAGACCCAUUUUUACAACAUAUGGGUCCAGGGAAAGAUUCUUUGUGCUAAUCAUGAGCUUGACGUCUUCCAUGACAUGCUUGCCGAUAUCCCGCAGUUAUGGAGCUCUUGUCUUCCAACAGACAUGGAUGACGAGAUUCUGCGUCAAUGUGUUACCAUGAUUAAGAGGGCUGAGGCUGAUAAGGAGGCAGAUGCGAAGUCCAAGGCUGAGCAGAAAGCCACCCUUGCUGCAGUCAAAAAGCAAGGAAAGGAAGCACUCGAAGCUGAAAAGGCCUGGAUUGCCCAUGAGAAGCUUGCACUGUCAGAAAUGAAGAAACAGGAAAAGCUCCGACUUGCAGCUGCCAAACAGGCUGAAAAGGUCAGAAUUGGAAUUGCAGCUGAAAAGAAAGCGAAGGCUGCAGCCAAGAAGGCCUCAAAAAAGCGCAAGGCGACCUCACAGAUUGUUGAAGAUCUUCCUGAAGGACAAGUACGGCCAUUACCACCACCACCACCACCACCGUGUCUCCUUCCUACAUCCAAGCUGCUAACAGAGCCUGUGCAGAUGCAGCUGGCAAAGAAGAAGCAAAAUUCUUACUGCACCCUGAUGAUUUAG